GGGGCCGCGCUGCGAGCCGGGCGCCGGGCUGCCGCGGGAGCUGCAGCCGGGAGUGUGCGGCACGCGCUGACCGGCUGCCCUAAGCACGGUCACCCGCGUCGCUGCAUCUCAACCCCCGCCCCGCCGGGCCGCGCGCGCACAUCAGGCCGUCUUCCUCAUUUGCUUCUUACGAUUUUUUUUUUUUUGCAUGCAUCCUUUUUCUGUUCCGUUUUGUCCUUUUUAAGGCGGGGGCGGCGGCAGCGUAAGCUCUGGGCGGGGAGGGGGGCGGCCGGAGGAUGCGGUGCGGGGCUGCGCUCGCUACGCCCGCUGCUGCUGCUGCCCGGCUCGGGCCUGAGCACCGAGCAGGAUCCCAAGUGAUGGUGGUUUACGCAGAGGAGCUGAGCCCUGUGAGACUGAUUAGCGCGGUGGAGCUGGGAGCGGCGCCUGCUGGCUGGCGGGAGUGAACACAGGAUCUCAGCGUCUCAACCUGAGAGGAAGCAUGUCUAAGAAAGGCCGGAGCAAGGGCGAGAAGCCUGAGAUGGAGGUGGACGCGGUGCAGAUGGCCAACGAGGAGCUGCGGGCCAAGUUGACCAGCGUUCAGAUAGAGUUCCAGCAGGAAAAGAGCAAGGUGGGCAAACUGCGUGAGCGGCUGCAGGAGGCCAAGCUGGAGCGCGAGCAGGAGCAGCGGCGACACACGGCCUACAUCUCGGAGCUCAGGGCCAAGCUGCACGAGGAGAAGACCAAGGAGCUGCAGGCGCUGCGCGAGGUGCUCAUCCGCCAGCACGAGCAGGAGGCAGCGCGCACGGCCAAGAUCAAGGAGGGCGAGCUGCAGCGGCUGCAGGCCACGCUGAACGUGCUGCGCGAUGGUGCAGCCGACAAGGUCAAGACGGCGCUGCUGGCCGAGGCGCGUGAAGAGGCGCGCAGGGCCUUUGACGGCGAGCGCCUGCGGCUGCAGCAGGAGAUCCUGGAGCUCAAGGCGGCACGCAAGCAGGCGGAGGAGGCACUCAGCAACUGCAUGCAGGCCGACAAGGCCAAGGCGGCCGACCUGCGCGCUGCCUACCAGGCGCACCAGGACGAGGUGCACCGCAUCAAGCGCGAGUGCGAGCGCGACAUCCGCCGGCUGAUGGAUGAGAUCAAGGGAAAAGAUCGUGUGAUUCUGGCCUUGGAGAAGGAACUCGGUGUGCAGACUGGGCAGACCCAGAAGCUGCUUCUUCAGAAAGAGGCUUUGGAUGAGCAGUUGGUUCAGGUCAGAGAGGCUGAGCGGUACCACGGUAGUCCAAAGAGAGAGCUCCCACCUGGCAUAGGGGACAUGACCGAGCUCAUGGGUGUCCAGGAUCAGCAUAUGGACGAGCGAGAUGUGCGGCGAUUUCAGCUAAAAAUUGCUGAACUGAAUUCGGUGAUACGGAAGCUGGAAGACAGAAAUACCCUCUUGGCAGACGAGAGGAAUGAACUGCUGAAACGCUCCCGUGAGACCGAGGUCCAGCUGAAGCCCCUGGUGGAGAAGAACAAGCGAAUGAACAAGAAGAACGAGGACUUGCUGCAGAGCAUCCAGAGGAUGGAGGAGAAGAUCAAGAAUCUCACGCGGGAAAACGUGGAGAUGAAAGAGAAGCUGUCAGCACAGGCGUCCCUGAAGAGGCACACUUCCUUGAAUGACCUCAGUUUGACGAGGGACGAGCAGGAAAUCGAGUUCCUGCGCCUGCAGGUGCUGGAGCAGCAGCAUGUCAUCGACGAUCUCUCGCUGGAGAGAGAACGGCUCUUGCGCUCCAGAAGACAUCGUGGGAAGGGCCUGAAGCCACCCAAGAAGCAUGUUGUGGAGACAUUUUUUGGAUUUGACGAGGAGUCUGUGGACUCGGAAACAUUGUCAGAGACGUCCUGCAACACAGACAGGACGGACAGGGCUCCGGCCACGCCCGAGGAGGACUUGGACGACACUACAACCCGAGAAGAGGCUGACCUGAGGUUCUGCCAGCUGACCAGGGAGUACCAGGCCCUGCAGCGAGCCUACGCCCUCCUUCAGGAGCAGGUGGGGGGGACGCUGGACGCCGAGCGAGAGGCCCGGACUCGGGAACAGCUCCAAGCUGAUCUGCUGAGGUGUCAGGCCAAAAUCGAAGAUCUGGAGAAGUUACUGGUUGAGAAGGGACAGGAUUCCAAAUGGGUGGAAGAGAAGCAGCUGCUCAUCAGGACAAACCAAGACCUGCUGGAAAAGAUUUACAGGCUGGAAAUGGAAGAGAACCAGCUGAAGAACGAAAUGCAAGACGCGAAGGAUCAGAAUGAGCUGUUAGAAUUCAGAGUGCUAGAGCUCGAAGUAAGAGACUCUAUCUGUUGUAAACUCUCAAACGGAGCAGACAUUCUCUUUGAGCCCAAACUGAAAUUCAUGUAAAGUCCCAGAUGUUUUCAAGCAUGUGUAAGGGGACGUGUGACACUUGCUUUCUUUUCUUUUUUUUUUAAAUCUGUAUGUUCAGAAUAAUUUCACUGCCUUAAUAUGUUCUGGAGAGAAUGCUCACCGAAGUCUUUGGACAUGUACCAGAGCUAAUAUAUUUAUUGCCUACGGCUUGUUUUUGCACUUAAUAAAAUAAUUUGUUUUUGCAAUA